UUGGCACCAAGUUGAUCAUUCGAUUCAGUUCCUUCGUCAGAUCAACUUCAGUUCUGAAUUUGUCUGAAUCUUGAAAAAAUCUUCCCACGUGUCUAUCAUCAUGAAUGCGUGUCGUGUCAUGUUGCUGUCACUAGCCGUCACGUUGUUGAUGGCUGUGUCGACUUUGGGUGGACCAAUGGGCUCAUCUUACUACACCACUCCGGCGCCAUACUACACCAGUGCCGCGUAUGCGACUCCCAGUUACUACACCAAGGCUCCAGAAUACUACACCCCCGCCGAUCCGCCAAAAUACUACACCACAACCACUGCAGCUCCAAGUUACUACAAGGAGGACCCAAAGUACUACACAGCUCCAAGCUACACCGCUGAAACACCAAAGAAUUACGCAGCACCAACUUACUACACCACUGCUGCUCCUUCGUAUUACGCUGAUCCCGUCUACUACACCACGACUGUCCCCAGUUACUACUCUGCUCCAAGCUACUCUUCUCCCAGUUAUACUGCAACUUACUACGCUAAGGCUGAUCCCGAAUACUACACCACAACUACUGCUGCCUACACCAAAUCUUACGGUUAUCCUAGUUACUACUCCACUGCUGCCCCGUCAUACUACGCAGAGCCAACUUACUACACUGAGGUCCCUAAGUAUUAUGCUGCCCCGAGCUAUUACCAGACUGAAGCGCCCGUUUAUUAUACUAAAGCUCCCGAGUACUACACCACUGCCUCCUACUACACCACUAAGGCUCCAGAGUACUAUACUACGACCUACGCAUCCCCUAGCUACUACACCGAAGCUCCCAAGUACUACACCACCAAGGCACCUGAAUACUACACCGAGGCUCCGAAAUAUUAUUCAGCUCCAAGCUACACCACUACAGCUGCUCCUUACUACACAACUGAAGCUGUCAAGUAUUACGUAGCCCCAACUUACUACACCGCUGCUGCCCCAUCUUACUAUGUUGAGCCAACUUACUACACUGAAACACCCCAGUACUACGCUGCUCCAAGCUACGAGACGGAAGCCCCAAAAUACUACGCAGCUCCCAGUUACUACACCGAGGCUCCGGAUUAUUACACCACCAAGGUUCCAGAAUACUACACCACUGCUGCCUACUACACCAUCAAGGCACCCGAGUACUACACAACGCAGGCACCUUACUACACUAAGACUUAUGCAGCCCCAACUUACUACACUGAGGCCCCAAAGUACUACACCACCAAAGCAGCUGAGUACUAUACAACUGCCUCCUACUACACCACUAAGUCGCCAGAAUACUACACCACCAAGAAAGCUGAAUACUACACAACUCCAGCACCUUACUACACUACGACCUACGCUGCUCCCAGCUACUACACCGAAGCUCCCAAGUACUACACCACGAAGGCUCCAGAGUACUACACCACAUCUUACCAAAUAGCCAGCCACUAAGUUCGUAAAUAUUAAUUGGAGCCUAAUUUAAUCGUUGUUGUGCUCAUAUUCACUAUUUAUUCGUUGGACUUAAUUGUCAGCACAAAUAAAAUCAUUGUUAAUCAAAUCGAAA